AUGCCCAAGUAUGCUGAGCUGGUGUACAACGGCUUCUGGUUCAGCCCGGAGAGGCUGGCGCUGCAGGAGCUGGUUGACAAGACGCAGGAGUUCGUCACCGGCACGGUGCGCGCCAAGCUGUACAAGGGCAACGUGACUGUUGUGGGCCGCAAGAGCCCCUACAGUCUCUACGACCCCGUCAUCGCCUCCUUCGAGGACGACCAGGGCCUGUACAACCAGGCUGACGCCGGCGGCUUCAUCAAGCUGCAGGCCCUGCGCCUCCGCACGCUGGGCGUCGCCCGCAACAAGUAG